GCAGCCUCCGGCCCUCAUUGUUGACGCGACGAGUCGUUAAGGUGUCAGGCACCCAUUAGUAGUAGAUCAUGAAGUUGCUGCUCGUUGUUUGUGUUCUGGUGUGCGGUGCGAGAGCCAAUGUUGCGCCGUUCCUGACGGCGUGCAAGGCGUCGGACAGCGCGUGCCUGCUGGCGUCGGCCAAGAAGGCCAUCCCCGUGGUGACGGCCGGCAUCCCCGCGCUGGGCGUGCAGCCGCUCGACCCCAUGGCCAUCGACAAGGCGGGCUCCCGCGAGGCGGGGCUCGAGCUCGACAUGCGGGACACCACCGUCAAGGGGCUCAAGAACUGUGAUAUUCCUAAUUUCAAACGCAGCGGAAAGAAAAUAAACCUGGACGUGAAAUGUCCCAACCUGCAGCUAACGGGAGACUACACGCUCGGGGGCAAGCUACUCAUCCUGCCCAUCGAGGGCAAGGGCAAAUACAAGAUCAAGAUCCGUGACAUCCUGGUGAAGAUCAUGAUCGAGACGGCGGACGUGGAGAAGGGCGGGGACGUGUUCUGGAAGGUGGCCAGCUGGAAGUUCACCUCCGACGUGCAGACCAACGUGCACUUCGCCUUCCAGAACCUCUUCAACGGCAACCAGCAGGCUUCCGACACCAUCCACCAGUUCGCCAACACCAACUGGAAGGAGAUCUACAACGAGGUGGGCACGCCCGUGACCACCGCCAUCGUCAGCAGGAUCGUCAAGGCCAUCGAGAAGAUGUUCGAGAAGGUUCCCGUCAAAGAGAUCAGUCUUGACUAGUUUAGUUACCAAAUUGCAAGGUAGAUGGCGGUGUUACAUUGGCUACAUCGCGCUGUUAUUAUUUUUUUACAAUUCUAUAUAAGGUUCAAGGAGGGUUUUGAUUAAAUGUGGUAACUGACCUUCUGGAACAUGAAGAAGCGUUUCAUUUAUGAUUAAUAUACAUUGGUAUAGAGGUCAACAGGAUCGAAGCGUCAGAGAAGCUGUUGGAUAAAGUCCCCGUUUGGGAGAUCAGUCAGCAUUGAAUAGUUUAGUUAACGCAUAGUAACAGACGGCGUUGUAACAUUGGCUAUUUUUCUCAAAUAAAUUUAUUUAUGAAUGUGGUUACUGAUUUAUUAAGAAAACGAAUAAAGUUAUCAAAAAAAAAAAUU